AGUCACCAAUGUGAAAGCGCCGGCCUAUACUGCUGCGGCGCAACUUAAAUACUGCAAGCGGACCAGCUGCAGGAAGGUUGAUUUCUUUGCCGCCUCAUAAUACCUAAGUUGAUAGUCACUCACGCUGAGGCGGACAGCUGGAAAGCAACCUUCCGAUUUGAUCAACUUGCGAGGAAUAGGACUCAAGUUUCUACACCUUACUUGGUCUCGUGCAAGACGCAGCAUCCUGGGUGUCCUGUUUCUGAUCAUAUUGCAACAGUGCAAUAUCUUGAUACCGGUGUCGUUUAUCUUCGCCGCUCUUUCCCCUGAAGCUCAGCAUUGGUCCAAUCAAAUCGGUGCACCGGGCAAACCCCAAAUGGAUCAGGCUACGAUGUCGAUGCGCUUCCCUCACAGCUUGUCGCGCUACGAUCUUCUUCACAGCUCCUCAUGGAGCCCUACAGCAGACCAAGUUAUCUCAGCCAUCCGCUCCCAUUGGCUGAGCUUCUCCUUUCUCGCCACUCUAGUUGCGCUGCUUCUCCAUGCGUAUCUCACCUUCUUUCACCGUCCGCUGCGCCUGAUCAGACACUUUCAGAAGCAGGGGAUACGGGGACCACCCUUUCGGCCAAUAUUGGGGCACAUGCCGGAAGUGCUGGCUGGAAUCAAAGAGACGGCGCAGACGGGGGUGGUGUUUCCCAACCUGCUCAAGUGGCGGGAGAUGUAUGGUGACGUGUUCUACUAUCUAAUGGGCACCCAAGUUCGCCUCGCUAUCAUGACCCCGGAGCUGGGUCACAAGAUCCAAACCGCGACUAGCGGCCCAAAAGGCACAUUCCAAAAAGACGCGCACACCCGCCAAGCGUAUGAGCCGCUCCUGGGCAGCUACGGCCUCGUUCUGGCGGCCAAUGACGUCUGGGCACGUCAGCGGAAGCUAGCCAACCCGAUGUUCUACCAUUCCAAAAUUAAGGAUAUGUUCCCAAUCAUGGCGGAGUGCUCGCAGGAGCUCAUCCGAAAGUGGGGCGACAAGAUUGACACAGCGGGGGGCGGGAAGGUCGAGAUCGAAGUUUGGGCCGAGUUUGGCGCCUUGGCACGUGACAUUUUGUGCGGAGCCGUUUUCGGGGAUCCCCGAGGUGCGACGGCGGCUUAUACCGGCCAGGAUAUUUAUGGAGAUUUCGGGCAGCUUAUGAAGGACAUGAUCGCGCAACUGCUGAGCUUGGGACCGAAGCUGAUUCCGGGGUUCAAGUACAUUCCGACGGAACGGAAUCGGCGGAUCGCUGCCCUGCGCGCGCGCGUCCACGGCAUGCUAAACAGCAUCAUUGAAAAUCGGCGCCAGGCGGGCGCGAAGGCGGCCGCGGCGCACGACGGCCACGCCGAGUACGGGGACGACCUUUUGGGGCGACUCCUGGCUGCCACCGACGAAGAAGGCAAGCUGUCGAGCGUCGAAUUGAUGGACCAGUGCAAGACGUUCUUCUUCGCGGGCCACGAGACGACUGCCACGGCAAUGGCCUGGUCGCUCGCGCUGCUCGCGCAGCAUCCCGAGUGGCAGGACCGGGCCCGAGCCGAGAUCCGUUCAGUUUGCGGCAAAAAUGCGCCGGACUUGAGUAUGCUCGCGGAACUGAAAGUGGUGAACAUAAUCUUCUCCGAAACCCUGCGCCUCUUCCCGCCCCUCUUCCUCGCCUCCCGCCAAACCGUAACCCCCACCACACUCGACGGAGUCCACAUCCCAAAAGACCCCAACCUAGUUGUCGUUCUUCCGGUGGUCAAUUACCACCGGGAUCCGGCCGUCUGGGGCGACGACGCUGCGGAAUUCCGGCCGGAGCGCUUUGCCGACGGUGUGAACAAGGCGGGUGUUAAUGAGGACGAGCUCGCGGCCGCGCGCGCGUACAUGCCGUUCACGGCUGGGCCGCGCACGUGCAUCGGGCAGGGGUUUGCGCUGCAGGAGGGAAAGCUGGUGCUCGCGACGUUGCUGCAAAACUUCUCGUUCUCGUUUGCGCCGGGGUAUAAGCACUCAGUAAACGUAGGCGUGACGCUUACGCCGAAGUACGGUGUGCCAAUGAUAGUGGAGCGGGUCUGAUCAGCAGCUUGACUUUGAUCUUGCUGAAUAUAGGAGCAGCGGUUGUUGCACCAGCUAGCGCCGUUUAUAACAUUACCACACGUAAAGACGGUGGGCCCGGAGUUGCUGGGCAUUCGAGACUCGAGACACCUUUCCACGUAAACGCCUUUUAAGAAAACGUGUGUUGAGCCAAUCAAUGUGGUUACUAGACCAAUGGGUACGACAUGUUGUAAAAGAGAACAUCUAGAAAUUAAUCAUUUCUGUAUAAACAUCGUCAGAAUUUUGAAGCCUGAAUAUGGUCCUAGAGGUCAGCCAGAGUCCAGUUAUUGACGCCAGCUGAAGCUUAAUAAACGUGCUUGGAGAAGACUACUUUGCAUGCUGAUCAUCCAAUUGCAAGGCUAGGGUCGCAGAGUUUGAGUUUAUUCAAACUAUGGCAUGCAGUAUGGGCGGUGCCAGGCCUGCUGAGAGUAUAGCAGAUUACCAGCCGGGCUGCCGGUGUAGAUUGAGGGAAGUUGUGCGUCACAGUUGAAAGGUCCAACCUGGCAGGCG